AUGACGGGCGUCAUCUAUACUGUAAGCAAAGAGAGGUUUGGCUUUGCUGAGAAGAAACCAGAGAAGCCAGCCCCAAUCAUCAGCAGAAGACAGAGGCUAAUCAAACAGACCAGAAAGGAGCUUACAAGUGUAAAGAGGCAGUAUAGAAAAGCCAAGGUAGAAGAGAAAGUAGGACUCCAACAGUUACGAACCACUUUACGAGAGAAACUCAGCACUCUCAACAAGGCUGAGCAAACAAGACAGAGGAAAAGGAAGAGGGAGAGACAGAGAGCUAGAUUCAUCCAGAAUCCAUACCAGUUCUCCAAAGACAUCCUUGACAACGAACGAUCAGGAACAGUAGAGAGCAGUAUGGUGGACAUAGAACAGCACUUACGCAAUGUCCACAGUGAUCCUUCACGGGAGGUUCCACUGGGUGACUGUUCAAGGCUAGAACCAGAAGACCCACCAGAAACUCCUUUGGACACAAAGGAGCCAUCAUUGUCUGAGGUACAGCACGUGGUGAAGAAAGCGAGGACAGGCUCAGCCCCAAGCCCGAAUGACAUUCCUUAUCGUGUCUAUAAGAUGUGCCCAGGCAUACUUCGGAAACUAUGGACCCUACUUAGAGUUAUUUGGAGAGAGGGCAAAAUCCCGGAUUGCUGGAAGAGAGCGGAGGGAAUAUUCGCCCCAAAGGAGAAGGACUCGAAGGAUAUUGGUCAGUUCCAGACCAUUUCUCUGCUCAACGUAGAGGGGAAGAUAUUCUUUGCAGUCCUAGCCAAGCGACUGACAACGUUCUUUACUGACAACAACUACGUUGAUACGUCAAUUCAGGAGGGUGAAGUUCCCGGAUUUUCAGGAUGCGUCGAGCAUACCAGUGUUCUCAGCCAAGUGAUCCGGGAAGCACGAGUGAACCAUGAUGACCUGACUGUGUUGUGGCUAGACCUUGACAACGCUUAUGGAUCAAUACCCCACACGUUGAUUGAGAAGUCACUUGAGCAGUAUCAUGUACCAGAACACGUUUGUAACCUGGUAAAAGACUACUACAAAGGCAUUAAGCUACGCUUUGCUGUGGGAGACAAGACAACAGCAUGGCAAAGCUUGAAGAAAGACAUUGUCACAGGAUGCACAAUCUCUGUGGUCCUGUUUGUGAUUGGUAUGAACCUCAUCAUCAAUGCGGCGAAGAAAGAGACACGUGGUCCAAAAGCAGCGACAGGAAUCUACCUACCUCCAGUUAAGGGAUUCAUUGAUGACCUCACUCUGACAGCAAAGACCCACAUUCAAGCAAGGUGGAUGCUUUCGGCCCUAGAAGAGGCAGCAACUUGGCCCAGAAUGAGGUUCAAACCCAGAAAGUCCAGAGCACUUGUUAUCAGGAAAGGCCAACCUACCAAGAAAUUCAAUCCGACAGUGCAAGGUGAGGUCAUACCAUCGAUAAUGGACAGCCCCAUUAAAUGCCUUGGGAAGUGGUAUGAUGCUACACUCCAAGAUGGGAACAACAUCAAGCGCAUCAAGAACCAGCUCACUGAAGGGCUGAAUCAGAUUGACAGAAGCGGACUACCUGGCAAAUUCAAGGCCUGGUUAUUCCAGUAUGGACUUCUCCCACGACUGAUGUGGCCACUGAUGCUUUAUGAGGUGGCAACAACAGUGGUGGAAGGACUGGAGAGAACCAUUAGUAGGCAUUUGCGAAAGUGGCUUGGCGUACCACCCAGCUCCAGCAACAUUGGGCUCUAUGGACGAUCAAAUCAACUACAGCUCUCAUUGAGUUCGUUGGUGGAGGAGUACAAGGUGGCAAAAGCCAGACUUGUCAUGACGCUGAAGGAUUCAAGGGAUGACAUGGUCCGAUGA